AUGUCAGUGAUAAGUAGACCUACUCAGGAUUCCGUUAAACUUUUAAUGUCAAACCGUGAUUAUGUUACUGGUAUAGAAACUUGUGAAUUUACAUAUGAAUGGACAAUUAAAAACUUCAGUCCGUGGACCAGUGGAAAAAUUAUAUCACCAAGUUUUUCAUCUAAUUAUUCUGAUUUUGACGAUGAAUGGAUUUUGGAAAUAAAUCCAAAUAAAGCAACCGAUUCAGAUAACGAAUCUGAAUUUGAUUCUCACUGCAGUUGUAAGCCUGAGUCUGACGAUUGUAAAACUGAUACUCACUGUUGUAGUGCUAAAUCUGACGAUUCUAAAUCAGUUGACAGAUAUGUGUCGGUGGAGCUAGAACUUGAAUCAUUCAAUCCAUUCAAUAGUCUUCUACAAUUACAAGCAAAGUGUGAAAUAUUAAUGAAUAAUAGAAAAGUAGAAACUAAAGAAUGCAAAUUCGGUAAAAAAUCAUUUCGUGCAAUCAAAUGCAUUCUUGGAGCACGCAGUCCUGUUUUUGCUGCAAUGUUCGAACAUGAAGAAUUCAAAAAAAAUGAAACCAAUGAAGUUGUCAUUGAAGAUAUUGAUGAAGAUGUUUUUGAAGAAUUUUUACAUUAUAUUUAUACUGGAGAAACAUCAAAUGUUGCCAAAAUGCCAAUGAAACUACUUGUUGCUGCUGACAAAUAUCAGGUGGCUUGUCUUAAAAAAAUUUGUGAAGAAUCAAUUUGUGAAACGAUAAAUCUCGAUAAUGUUGCAAGUGUUCUUGAGCAUUUGCUGUUGUCAUAA